AUGAUCCUUUCGAUAAGCCUCCCUGUCGAGGAUGUUCCUCAUAUCUAGUGGAGCCUUACAUUAAAUGUGCUGAAUGUGAACCGUCACCUUUCCUCUUGUGUCUGCAGUGCUUUACUAGAGGAUAUGAGUAUAAAAAGCACCAGAGUGACCACAAGUAUGAAAUCAUGACAUCCGAUUUUCCCGUGUUAGAGCCUGGCUGGACUGCGCAGGAGGAGAUGGCUCUGUUAGAGGCCGUCAUGGACUGUGGGUUUGGUAACUGGUCAGUAUAUUCCUUACCUCAUAUCUGCUGUUCUACUAGGGCUCGUUUAGCAGGGAUUCUGCAG